CUCCUUGUUCUCCUUAUCACUCCCUUCCCUCAGACAACUGCUGCUGCUCUUUGCACUGUCCCUUUCUUCUCCGAUUACAAGUCAUAGAUCCUAUGUUGGCUCCUAUAUUCAGGCACAAGCAGCAGUCUUUGAGGCUGAAGGUGAAACUCUGCCGUUGCUCUACACAAACAUACUUUGCUUGAAGGGCGCCCAGGCUCCCACAGGGCGCAGCCUGCCCUAAGCAGCGCCGCGCUCUCUGCCUGUCCCGUGGGAUCCUGCACCCUGCGCGCACCAGAACAGCAGUUUCCUUCGCUCUUCCCGAAGGCAGGAAGCCGGGAGCAGCGUCCUGGACCGGUAGCUGGUGCCAGCCACCGGAGGGGGACAGGGGCCGUCCCCCCGGGCCACCCAGCCCCAGCGCAGAAGACAUCCGCUUGCCGCCACACGCCGGGGCCCCGUGUCCUCCCGGGAGAGCUCCGGUCUGGCACCGCCGCUCGGAGCGGCCCGCGGCGGACUACAGCUCCCGGCACACCCCGCGGCGGCGCUCGGUCACGUGGUGCGCGGUGCCGGUGCGCGAUCCCCGUGCCUGGUACCGGCGGGGCCUCUUCGGCGGCAGUGCCAUGGGGCAGCAGAGUUUACGGCUGCCCUGGGCUCGGGCGCCCUUGGCGCUCUUGGCGCUCUUGGUCUUGCGCGGAGCGGCCUCCACCGCACCCAACUUCGUCCUGGUGCUGGCGGACGAUUUGGGCUUCGGGGACCUGGGCAGCUACGGGCACCCCUCGUCUGCCACACCACACCUGGACCGGAUGGCGUCCCGAGGGCUGAGGUUCACCGACUUCUACAGCAGCUCCUCCGUGUGCAGCCCAUCCCGGGCAGCCCUGCUGACAGGCCGGUUCCAGAUGCGCUCUGGGGUCUACCCGGGGGUGUUCAGCCCAGGCUCGCGGGGGGGGCUGCCGCUGUCCGAGGUCACCAUCGCAGAGGUGCUGAAGGCUGUGGGCUAUGCCACAGCCAUGGUUGGCAAGUGGCACCUUGGCUUGGGGAUGAAUGGCUCCUUCCUGCCUGUCCACCAGGGCUUUGACCACUUCUUGGGGGUCCCUUACUCCCAUGACCAGGGCCCCUGCCAGAAUCUCACCUGCUUCCCACCUGACAUCAAGUGUUUUGGGACUUGUGACCAAGGCGUAGUGCCAGUCCCGCUGCUCUGGAACCAGAGCAUCGUGCAGCAGCCGGUCUCUUUCCCUGAUCUGGUGCCGCUCUACAACAAAUUCUCCCGGAACUUCAUCGCUGACUGUGCCAGACGAGGCAUCCCCUUCCUGCUCUACUAUGCCUCCCACCAUACCCACUACCCCCAGUUUGCAAGCCAGGAGUACACAGGGCAGUCACGGCGUGGGCCAUUUGGAGAUGCACUUGCAGAGUUUGAUGGUUCAGUGGGACAGCUGCUACAGGCACUGCAGGAAAAUGGUCUUACAAACACAACCUUGGUGUUUUUCACCUCUGACAAUGGCCCUUCCACCUUGCGGAUGGCACGUGGAGGCAGCUCUGGCCUUCUGAAGUGUGGGAAGGGCACAACAUACGAAGGUGGCAUGCGGGAGCCAGCGGUGGCUUAUUGGCCAGGCCGUAUCACUCCAGGAGUGACGCAUGACCUGGCAAGCACCCUGGACAUCCUGCCAACACUGACUGCCCUCGCUGGAGCAGCUCUUCCCAAAGUUGCCCUGGAUGGCUAUGACCUGAGCCCAGUGUUGUUUGGUUCAGGGAAGAGUCCCCGUCAGACGAUGUUCUUCUACCCACCGUCCGCUGAUCCACUGCAUGGUCCCUUUGCCGUCAGGUUUGGGAAGUACAAGGCCCAUUACUUCACACAAGGUUCCUUGCACAGUGAUACAACCCCAGAUGAGGCCUGCCACGGGCUCACACCGCUGACACCCCACCUGCCCCCACUGCUGUUUGACCUGGAGUCUGACCCAGCUGAGAACUACGAUCUGCUGCAGAGUGGUGCGGGGCCGGAGCUUCUGCAGGUCCUGAAGGAGAUCCAACUGCACAAAGUGCUUUUUGAGCAGCGCAUGGAGUUUGGGGAAAGCCAGAUCAGGAAGGGCAGGGAUCCUGCCCUGCAGCCCUGCUGUGUUCCAAACUGCACUCCUAAGCCUUCCUGCUGCCACUGCUCCUAACCUCUUCUCUACCUCCACGCUGGAGCGCUAUCCCAGACCCACCAGACACUCUUACCCUGAACUGCCAGUGAAAUCUGGCUCUUCCUCAUGGCACCAUAAAUCCUGUCAGCUUUUAACUGUUUGCUGUGGUCGGCAAUUUCUCU